AUGGUCAGAAUUUCGGUUUUGAACGAUUGCCUCAAAAAUAUCGUCAAUGCAGAAAAACGUGGCAAGAGGCAAGUGCUUGUAAGACCUUCCUCCAAGGUCGUAACUAGAUUCUUGCUCGUAAUGCAAAAGCACGGUUAUAUUGGUGAAUUUGAAGAAAUUGAUGACCAUCGUUCUGGUAAAAUUGUUAUUCAAUUGACCGGUCGAUUGAAUAAGUGUGGAGCAAUCUCACCACGCUUUGACGUUCAAUUGGAUGAACUCGAGAAACUAGUGAACAAUCUUUUGCCAUCUCGUCAGUUUGGAUAUGUAGUACUAACCACAAGUGCUGGCAUCAUGGACCAUCAAGAGGCAAGAAGGAAACACACGGGUGGAAAGAUUCUCGGUUUCUUCUAUUGA